AUGCUGAUUCUCCUGUGCUCUGCGUUCGUAUUCGCAAUGCUCACCUCUGCACUCGCUGUGCCAGCUCUCGCUGACGUCACACCCACUGAAGCCACGCCUGCUGCUGACGUCACAGCCGUCAGCACUACCACCCACUCACUCACUGCACCUCGCAAGGUGCUGCUGGUGCAAGCCUCUGAUCCUGGGCAGCGCAAGGGAGUACCUUCAAAGAAGUGCAAUGGUAGCGGCAGCAGCAGCGGCAGCGGCAGCAGCGGCGGCAGCGGCGGCAGCGGCGGCAGCGGCGGCGGCAGCAGGGGAGUGGACAAGGCGGCGAUUCUGGAGGAGCACAAUAAGGCGCGGCGGGCAGUGGGAGUGCCGGCGCUCUCAUGGGACGACAAAGUGGCAGCAGCAGCGAAGCAGUGGGCUGAUCACCUCGCCUCCAGCGGAUGCAAAAUGAAGCACGGAGGGGCCAAGGGGCUUGGGCAGAACCUGUACUGGAAGCGCCCUGCCAAGCUGAACAGUGCCGAGGACGGGGCGGCGGUGCGGGCGUGGGUGGCGGAGAAGGCGCACUGGACGUACAGUGCCAUGCCCAAGGGGUGUGCAGGCGGCAAGGUGUGUGGGCACUACACGCAAGUGGUGUGGCGCGGUACCCAGCGUGUCGGGUGCGCUGCUGCCCAGUGUGCGGAUGGCGGGGGCAUGUGGGUUUGCGAUUACUCGCCGCCGGGAAACAUGGUGGGGAAGACUCCGUAUUAG